UUUGGUAGUAAAUAAUAAAUGCUUAAAUUGUUAUAAAAUUCAUCUUUUAAAUAUUACUGAGUUAGGAUUAAUUGCAUUUUUAAGCAUUUUAUCUAUCGUUGUAGUAUAUAAACUACAGCUUUUGUUAAUUUCUAGGCACUUGUUUAUCUUUGAACUUUGAUCCUGUAAUAAAUAGUAAUUUAAAGACUUAUAUUGAUAAAAGCAUAUUAAUAUUUAAAUGAAAUAAAACUAAUCAAAUGGCAGCCACUAUACCUGCUAUUUCAAAACUAUCUACACGUAUUAUUAGAAUCCUUGGAUGUAAUCCAGGUCCCAUGACAUUGCAAGGAACAAAUACGUAUCUGAUUGGUACUGGAAAAAACCGAAUAUUAAUUGAUACUGGUGAUAAAGAUGUAAAUGAAUACCAACAGAACCUGGCAAAAGUAGUACAAUCUGAACAAAUCAACAUAGAGCACAUUGUUGUCACCCAUUGGCAUCACGACCACAUUGGCGGAGUAGAGAAUAUUUAUGGCACCAUUGCAAGUAAACAUCCAAAGGUAUGGAAACAUAAAAAGCAUGAAACAGAUGCGCCCGAUAAUGAUGUGCCCGAAUCAAUUCCAAUGUGCUGGCUGAUGGACGGUCAAGAGAUCAAGGUGGAAGGUGCAACAGUGAAAGUACAUCACACUCCUGGCCACACAACUGACCACAUAGUGCUGACUUUAUUAGAUGAGAACAUACUCUUCAGUGGUGAUUGUAUAUUAGGAGAAGGUACUGCAGUAUUCGAAGAUCUGUAUACCUAUAUGAUAAGUCUUCAAAAGAUAUUGGAUCUAAAACCAAACUCUAUUUACCCAGGACAUGGAAAUAUUGUGGAGGACCCAAUACCAAAGAUUGAAUACUAUAUUGAACACAGGAAACAAAGAGAAGAACAAAUAUUAGAAGCACUAAGGACCAAUCCUGAUAAACAGAUGACAGAGAUGGAUUUAGUGAGAAUAAUAUACACUGAAACUCCUGAACACUUGUGGUCAGCAGCAGCCUAUAAUGUCAAUCAUCAUCUUAUUAAACUAACAAAGGAGAAUAUAAUAAAAAAUGUCAAUAUCAAUGGAGAAAAUAGGUGGCAAUAUGGCUCAUCAUUUAAUUGUAACUUAUAAUAAUUUUGCAGACUUAGAUGGACUAGUUGUGGAGAACAUUCUUGUACUAUCUUGGAAUUUCAUAUGGAGUAUUGAAGAAUAAAUUACUAUUGCAGGUUAGUUUAACCAAAGUUUUAUGUAUGAUUUCUAGCAAACUGUUUUAUUUAAUUGUUGGUAUGGUUAUAAUUUGAAAAUGUAUGUCAAUUAUUUAUUUCUGGUCUGUGGUCGUAACUAGUUCUUUAUGUAUUUUUUGUAAAUAAAACACUAAUUAUUUACAAAGUAUUUUAUUGAAAACAGUUAAAUUAAUGUAACUAAUAAUAUGUUGAAGUACAUUGUACCUUGCAUACUAAGUCUAGGUAGUUGCAUAUCUGACGGAAGAUAUGAGGCAUCUCAUCGGUCGUGGAACAUGUCAGAACUAACAAAUAUCUAUGCCGUCGAAACUUGACGGAUCUUCCGGACGCUACACAAUGCUUAGUGUAAAAGGAUGUAUUACUGCACCUUCCAGUGGGCAGAUUGCAGCAUUAGCACAUGUAAUAUUAUUUUUUAUAAAAAUCAAAUGUUAUUUACAGACUAGUGAGCAAAGAGUAUAGUUAUAAUACGCACAGUAAGAAUUUUACAUUUAAUUUAAUUUAUUACAUGAAAGUCUUCUUUUCAAGUGAAAUUAAUUAAAGAUUGUAUAUUUGGAUGCAAGAAGAAAAAGGAACAUUUGUUAAUCAAUUUCCAAAUGACAAAAUGUUUGUUUAUUACUAUGUGUGCUGGUGCUGCCAUCUACACCGAGCUUUGCGUAAUACACCCGUUGCGUUGUCGGUCACGGAACGUCAGAACUAACAAAUAUAUGAAAUGAGAUUCAACUUUCCACACACGACGUAAGAUCAGUCACGUAACGCAUACUUCUGUAAGGCGUUUAAAGAAUUCUUCCGUUAGAUUUGCACUGACCGUUGACAUCUGAUUUAGGAAAUAUGACACGAAAUUAAUUAUGCAGAACUUUUUUCAAUUUGAAUAAUACAAUUUCAUAAGUUUAAUAAUUUUUAGUCAUCUUCAUAUUUAUUUAUUCUGUGAAUAGUUAAAUUACCUAACACAAUAAGUAUGAAUAAGUUCCGAAACACUUUAUUUUUAAGUGAGAACUGAAAACUUAUAACACACCUCUUUUCGUCAUGGGUUAGAAAAUGGUAUAAAUAAGACUAAUUCAUAAUAUAAUUGAGGUGAUACUUCAACUUAAUUUCAACUUACAUUAGCUAUGUACUAUUAUUAUAGAAGUUAUCGACGCAUGCGCUUUGGAGGAGGCAUUAUAUCUGAAUCGUCAUGGAAUCUGUGGUUAUCAAUGAAAUCAAAUAGAAUUUCUUUAGUCACCGGUUCCUUUAUACUGUUGCACACAGCUGAAAAAAAAAUACGCAUUUUGAAUGACCUCUAGUUCCAAACAAUUUUAUCCAGUUGUAAAUUUAAUAUGUUGAACAGAAUAU